AUGAGCCAUCUGGAGGUGAGAUCACUGCUUAAAGUCAGGACAGGGUGGAGCUGGAGAUAGGGGAUUGCAGAUGGAUUUAACCCAGACUGACAUGGUUAUGACAGACUCUGUUAAAUCAUAAUUCACACACACACAAACACACACUCACACUGACGCACACAUUAUGGAAGUGGUUAGGCAAAUACUCGACUUGAGUGCGGCCUCUUGCAGAGAUACUUAUCUGUGAAAACUCCACACGCUAGUUAAACACACCCUCGUCUCCCCGCAGUGCUCGUCCUUGUUAGACUCACCCGGAGAGGAGGGAGGGAGACCGUUGUGUUUUCACAGGCCGGCCGCCAAAGCUUGACCUCCGUUGGCGUGCAGCCAGGGUGGAGACACUUGACUUAAUCCAACAUGAUGAAGUGCUGAGGCUGCCCAGUCACACUGGACUCCAGCGCUGGGCGGUUUUUGACAGAGACGGCGGAACUAAAACAAUCAUGAGCAGUGAUGUCUGCCGCAGAAGAUCACCGGGGUCACUGACUCUUAUUGGACGAGACGGGGGCAGGAGGGCUCGAGCCGCAGAGCGAGCGCCAGAGAAAACAGAGAAAAGAUUGAGAAAGUAG